AAGAAGAGAGAAAGGAAAGACUAGUGAAAAGAGAAGUGGAGAGAGAGGGCAGAAGAGAAGACCAGUCCCUCCCUAGCUGCGGCUAGCUCUCCAUUCCAGGUCCAGCUCCAGAUGCUCUCCCCAGCGAGAGACCUACCGCCGCCACCUCCCCGAGCGCUCCCCCAGCCAAUCCCAGCCGUCAGGUAGCCCGAUCCGACGGCUCCCGCCGCCCCCAUGGGCCGUGGCGGCUCGCGCGCGGCUCCCGCCGCCGCCGCGCCGCCGUGGCACGCGCUCCCCGACGAGGUCUGGGAGCACGCCUUCUCCUUCCUCCCCUCCGCGUCCGACCGGGGCGCCGUCGCGGGCUCCUGCCACUCCUGGCUCCGCGCCGAGCGCCGGUCCCGCCGACGCCUCAUCGUCGCCAAUUGCUACGCCGCCGCGCCACGGGACGCGGUCGAGAGGUUCCCAGCGGUCCGCGCCGCCGAGGUCAAGGGCAAGCCUCACUUCGCGGACUUCGGACUCGUCCCGCCCGCGUGGGGCGCCGCGGCCGAGCCCUGGGUCGCCGCCGCCGCCGAUGGGUGGCCGCUGCUCGAGGAGCUUAGCUUCAAGCGCAUGGUCGUCACCGACGAAUGCCUCGAGAUGAUCGCGGCUUCCUUCAGGAACUUCCAGGUGCUGCGCCUCGUCUCCUGCGAGGGCUUCAGCACUGCCGGGCUCGCCGCCAUUGCCGCCGGCUGUAGAAAUCUAAGAGAACUUGACCUGCAGGAGAAUGAGAUUGAAGAUUGUUCUAUUCAUUGGCUCAGUCUCUUUCCAGAAUCUUUCACUUCUUUGGUAACUCUAAAUUUUUCAUGCUUAGAGGGGGAUGUCAAUAUCACUGUACUUGAGCGACUAGUAACCAGAUGUCGCAACCUCAAAACACUCAAGCUCAAUAAUGCUAUCCCUCUUGACAAGCUUGCUAGCCUCGUUCGUAAGGCUCCUCAGAUUGUAGAGCUUGGAACAGGAAGGUUCUCUGCUGACUACCAUCCAGAUCUCUUUGCAAAACUUGAAGCAGCAUGUGCUGGUUGUAAAAGCCUAAGAAGGCUUUCUGGAGCUUGGGAUGCUGUUCCAGAGUACCUGCCAGCAUUUUAUUGUGUAUGUGAGGGCCUCACAUCACUUAAUCUGAGUUAUGCUACUGUGCGAGGCCCUGAGCUGAUAAAAUUCAUUAGCAGAUGCAAAAACUUGCAACUAUUAUGGGUGAUGGACUUAAUUGAGGACCAUGGUCUAGCUGUGGUGGCAUCAUCUUGCAAUAAACUGCAGGAGUUGAGGGUCUUCCCUUCUGCUCCUUUUGAUGCAGCUGAGCAAGUUUCAUUGACUGAAAGAGGCCUUGUUGAUGUUUCUGCCAGUUGCCCAAUGUUGGAGUCAGUCCUCUACUUCUGCAGACGGAUGACCAAUGAGGCCCUUAUUACCAUCGCAAAGAACCGGCCCAACUUCACCUGCUUCCGCCUAUGCAUAAUUGAGCCUCACACCCCAGAUUACAUCACGCACCAGCCUCUUGAUGCAGGUUUCAGUGCCAUUGUGGAAUCAUGCAAGGGCCUUAGGCGGCUCUCUGUCUCAGGCCUUCUCACAGACCGUGUAUUUAAAUCCAUCGGGGCACAUGCUAAUCGUCUUGAGAUGCUCUCAAUCGCCUUUGCUGGGAAUAGCGACUUGGGCCUUCAUUACAUCCUUUCGGGCUGCAAGAGCUUGAAGAAGCUGGAGAUCAGGGACUGCCCAUUUGGUGAUAAGCCCUUGCUGGCAAAUGCUGCCAAGCUGGAGACAAUGCGAUCCCUUUGGAUGUCGUCGUGCUCACUGACCUUGGGUCCAUGCCAACAGCUUGCACGCAAGAUGCCCCGCCUCAAUGUGGAGGUCAUGAAUGAUCCUCGACGGGCAUGCCCCUUGGAUUCACUUACAGAUGAAAGCCCUGUCGAGACAUUGUAUGUCUAUCGGACAAUUGCAGGUCCAAGGUCUGAUACACCAGCCUAUGUCCAGAUUGUUUAGGGGGAUGGCCUACGGUAACUGAAGUUAUGAUGGAGGUAUUUGUUUUCAAUCUCAAUUAGUACCUUCAACACCUUCCUAGCAUAACAAUGGAUUGUCUCCUUGAAGUAGAAAGGCUGGUUGGUGGCUUGGCUGAUCCUAUCAUAAUCUCUGCUCAGCUGUAAAACUGUUUGCAAGUUUAGGACAAGACUCGGGACCCUUUUCAGGUGUUAAUAACUGUAGGAGCCUCCACGAGUUACAGAAACUACUAGAUAGCGUCUUGAGAAAACUUGGGUCUGUUUUCUUAGCGUGUUUAGUUCUUUUCAUGUAUAAAAAUAUGGGAUCAUUUCAAUCUUGCAAUGUACCGUACUAUCGGAACAACUGUACCGGAGCCUCUACUUUUUUGACCUCCCCUCUCUGAUCAUGGGUUGUUGCUUCAACUUGUUGUGAAUGCGGAAUAACUCAAGCUUGUCCCUGUCUGUC